AUGGCACCGACCCUAUUUGGCGUGUCAUAUAACGUGAACGCCCGACAACGUGUAAGCAGCGAGCCUCCUCUCAUAAAAACUACACAGCCUGUUCUUUUGGUGGGGGGUUUAUGCAUGAUGGAGGACAAAAGUUUUAAGGGUUUAAAAGUUGAAGGGAUGACAAGUCAAAGACAGGAUUGGAGAGCAGAAUUGACAUCUGAAGGUCAUCUAGUCAAUCUUUCACUGAAAAUUAACAUUGAUAUGUCAGCACCUGCUGAGUUAUCAAAAUUACCAAAGAAAUUUGAGGAAAGACUGGGAAACUUGAAAGACCACUACAAGAUGCAGGCUUCUUCUGAUCCUGAAUUUCUAAAUCGGCUAAGGAACAUUGCUGUGCAAUUUGAAGAUAAGACAUUCAGAAAUUCAGCAACACAGGGAAGUUAUGCUUAUACAAUAGGUAAGAAGAUGGGCUCAUUUGGUACCAUAAAGUCUGAAGCUUCCCAGACAACAGGUACAAAUCCCUCAGGUCUAGGUCAGACCUCAAUUGUAAAUGAUGUUGGUCAAAGCUCGGAGACAAAUGCUAUAGCACAAUUUUCCCAAUAUUUGGUUGGUAAUAAUUUGGUUGAACAAAAUAUGCAACCAAAUAUGUCUCCUGAUUUUCAGAGUGAAGUGCCAGGAAGCCAGUCUUCAGAUCAGAAGCUGAUGUACCAGUUACAACAGCAGGAGUUUCAGGAUCAAAUUCUGAAGGAUAAGGUCCAGCAUAUUAGUAAGAGGUUCGCCAUCCAACCUGACAUUCAUAACCGCCAACCUCAUCAGCGGCAGAAGCAUGUUACAUCACAGACUUCUCAGAAUCUAUAUUCUCAGCCACCAUCAGCAUCACCACAAUACCAGCAAUCAUCAUUUGCACAGCCAUCAAAUAGCACAAUGUUUCAACAGAAUCAACAACUCAGGCAGCAGCAUGAUGCUUCAGAGCAGCGACAGUGGUCGAUGCCCCAACAAAACGUUUUACCAUCAUUCCAGCAGCCCCUAGGCCAACAACGAGAUGUUUCUGAAAUUCAGCAUCAGCAAAAAAUGGCUGGACCACAAUCAAUUAUCUUGAAUUCGCAAUUGCAUCAGAGUUCAAGCCACAUGAUUCAACAACAAGGGGUUACGGCUUCUGAACAGAAAGUCCAGAAAAUCACACAGCCAGUUCAGUCGCAUCAGAUUCUGGGUUCUCAAAAACAAAGUGGCUUGUCGCAAGAAGGGAUCCAACCAAGACCUCAAACUUCAGCUUCCUUUCAUCAGCAGAGGAGUAUUGCUGAUCAGCAGAAGCUUUUUCAGUCACAUAGGUCAUUUGCUGGGUCCUCAUCAGCAUCAGCAGAGCCAAAAUCAUCAAACCAACUUGCCAAUACAGCGGAUGGGCAUGAUGCGGACUAUCAAAAGCUUCAAGACUUUAAACAACAGUAUAGGCCACAAAUGGAAUACAUAUACAAAAAUUUGAAGUCCCUACUUGACAAGGAAACAGAUCCAGAUCAAGCUAUGAGGUACAUGAAGCAAGUGAUUUGGAUAGAAAAAAACAUGCCGAUUUUUUCAUUACAGCGGAAUCAGAUGGCAAAUGCUUCCAAGGAGAAGUUGCAGAUGGCUCAGCAAGCUAUUAUUAAGUUUGUGAACUACUUUCGGAAGAAGAGCUCUGCCUCCGUUGAGCAACAAGCAGACCUUUGUCUGCAGAACAGUGGUCAAUCCCAAAUAUCUCAGCCUCCUCUAAACUGGAAUGAGAAACUCCAGUUUCAUCCAGUGAAUUUAACUAUGACAAAUGGUUUGGGCAGUUCAUCUCUCACAUCUUCGAUGCAGUCAGGGUUUCUAAAUUCACGACCCAGUUUCUUCAGUUCACUUCAAUAUAGUUCUGGAAUGGGUUUGGAACAAAGGAAUGGACCUGGUAUGGUUCAGCAGUCUGCAAGGAAAACAGGCAUAAACUUUUCCACUGCACCACAACAUACUAAUUUAUCUAGCAAUAACAUUGUGAAUGCUUUCGAUUCUCCGUUUGCUCAUCAGACAACGCUGACACAGAACCUCGAGCAGCAAAUGCAGAAACAAAAUAUUCAGCACAAAAAGGAACAGAUGCUGAUCCGUAACAGCCAAAAAAGUGGCUCUCCAGCUAUGGAAUCUCCAGAAAAUCUGCAUUUACCACUGAUAUCAACAACUAUACAUCAACCACACUCCAGUUCUCCUCGAAAAUCUCAGCUCUCUUCUGCUCGUAUGGACCAGCAAACUUUUCCUUUAGCUUCUCCCGCUUCUACUCCCUUGACUUCAACAUCAGAAUAUGUCGCCUUUAACCAAGUUGAUAGCCAGACACAAAGUCACAAUCAAUCUACUGCAAGCGGGACACCUGGGAUAUCAGCCUCCCCUUUACUCGAAGAGUAUACUAGCUCCCCCAACACAUCUGACACAAACCAACCACUCCAGCGUUUACUUCAAGCUGUAAAAUCACUAUCACCAGAUGUAUUAAGUGCUGCUGUCCAUGAUAUUGACUCAGUUGUCAAUGUGGUCGAUAAGAUUGCUAGCGGAUCAGCUGAAAGACACUCCAAGGGUGCUAUUGGUGAGGAUUUGGUGUCUGAAACAAUAUUCCAUGUACAAGAAAGGAACUUUGCCUUACAACAUUUAACCAUGAAAGACAAAGAGAUGGAGCACCAGUCUAAUGCAAUGGCCUCGGACACGAUCGGGCAGCCAAUGGAUUGGAUAUCUGAUUUUGAUUCAACUGCAACAUCUAGGUUCAAUAAGCUGAGAACCGAGCCGAGCAACGAUCUGUUGAACGAAAUCAGACAUGUAAACCAGCGGUUAGUCGAAACUACUGUAGACGUUGAUUCAACAGAAGAUGAUUCUUUACCUGAAGCUAGUGCAGGAACCAUUAUCAAAUGUUCCUAUACGGCUGUGGCCGUCAGUGGAGAUUUUAAAUCAUUAUCUUCAUCUCCCAUGUUUCCAGAACUUACCUUGCGCUUGCUCGUUCCUGCCGAAUUUCCAAAUUCUUCUCCAAUUAUCUUAGAUAAGUUACCUUCUGGUUUGAGUGACGAGCUAGAAGAUUUGUCGGAGAAGACAAAAUUGAGAUUCAGCGUAGCUCUUCGGAACCUUUCAGAGCCCAUAUCUCUUUUGGAGAUAGCAAGGACUUGGGAUGCUUGUGCUAGAGCUGUGCUUUUAGAGCAUGUUAAACCACUCGGAGGAGAACGCUUUAGUUCAAGAUAUGGCACAUGGGAGAAUUGUCUAACUGCAUAA